UAAGUAUCUGUACGUGCUGAAUUUUCCCAUGUUGACUUAAAAUAAACAUCACAACCAAUAAACUAGUUAAGUCAAUACGGUUUUAGCUGAAAUAUAUUUGGCCUUGCAAGGACAUUGUUAAACGUUUAUGUUUUUCGAAAAGAGCACUAGAAAUAACGUCACAUUUAGCAUUAAAAACAAUUUUUUGAUUGUCUGUCAGAAUCAGAUUGGCUCAUUGACUGACUGAUUGGAUUGGUAAUGGUAUGGCAGGCAGAGGCCGACAGACAGCUGUCAACUGUCAAAUAGAGUUGCAUAAAAAUAGUAGGUUAUCUUUAAUCGUAAGUAUUCGCAAGCCUUAUUAUAAUUCUUAAUCGACUAAUUAGGUCAUCGUAAAAGUUAGUAAUAUUAAAUAAUAUAAUUAAUAACAAGCAACAACGAACAAACAAGGCCUUUCAUGUUUUUUAUUUGAUGAGUUGCAUUAAUAGAAUUUUAGCCUUAAUCAAUAAUACUACAAUUCUCAAAACGGAUGAAUCACGUAAAGGUAUUAAUUUCAUGUAAGGCGUUCCACUUAGGUAUUUAUGAAAUGAAAUUACUAAUAUUUGGGAAGACGACUAUCUACACGAUUAUUAUUAUUUGGCAACACUAAGUCUGGACCGGCCCGGGCACGUAUUUUAUCUGUAAGUAUUUCGUUGGCUCUGUUGUCCUUGGUUUGGUUAUGUUUGGUACAAAAAAUAUUAUUAUGAACUGUAAAAUACCUAAUAAAAUACUCGUGAAUGUUAUUUAAAUUGACUGACGAUCACCGACUUCUGCGAAUGGAGGUCGAUCAUAGUUUGCUCGAUAAAUUAAAACUAUACGGAGUCGGCCAACGUAAACUGGAUGAUGUUCUUUUUGUGAACGAUAAACCACCUCCCAGACUCGGCAUAUACGACUUUGACGAAGAAGUCUUCUGCCAUGACUUGGUAAUAUCAACAUGCACCAUCCCCGGAUGUUCAUUCAAAACGGAAACUUUAUUGGAUUUUGAGAACCACUACAAUGACGCCCAUAGGUACAGCUGUGCACAAUGCAAAAAGAUUCUACCGACUCCUCACUUGCUGGACUUGCACAUUCAAGAAACACACGACUCCUUUUUUGCUGUGCUAUCCGAGAAAAAGCCUUCGUAUUCCUGCUACAUUCAAGAAUGUCCACUGAAGUUUAUGACUGCUAAUGACAGAUUACAACAUUGCGUCGACGAACACAAGUUACCUAAGGAAUUCCGGUUUGAUACAAAACCGUGUCACAAGGGUAAGAAAAAAGGGAAAUCGAAACACAGUACUGACAAUAACGAUCAGUCGAUGGAACACGACGGUGAGAGCUCAGGGAACAUAAAAAAGAAAGUUGUACUAACCACGAGUAAAAACAGGACAUUUGCAAAAUACUGCGGCAAAAAAUUCACGAAAAAUGACACUAAAACGUCUAAAGAUGUCAACAUGGAUGAAGUAAUGGCCGAUUUGAAGGAAAGUUUACCAGAAUAAAAGAAGUAAAUAAUGUUUCAACGUUUUAUUGUAAGCCCGCAAACAUUCUACGAUAAAUAUUUUUAAGUGGUAACCACUAGAUGGCAUUCUGGCAUACAUCCAAAAGAAUCUCUUUGAUUCAGUAGUUUUUGUAGCAUUAAUUAGAGAUUCCUUAACAUAUUAUUUCUUAGAAUAAUAAAUUGAAUUAAAAUUGUCCAUAUAUUCUGUACAUUAGAUUCUAUAUAACAAUCUCAACAGGCAUAAUUUUGAAUGACUAUAACAAAAUAAAUAAACUUAUUUAACUUAAAUUUACUUGGCCUUGCCUUGGUUGGCAACAGAUUCCAUUGCUUUCUUUACAGUUUCUUCGUCGCCAAGGAAGACCAUGGAGUCAACUGGUUUCAUGUCCUCAUCCAAUUCGUAGACAAAAGGAAUACCAGUUGGGAGGUUCAAUUCCAUGAUAGCCUCAUCACUAAGACCUGAAAAUAAAAUAAAUUAUAUUUAGUUGGUGGCUUAGAUUGUGUAGGCAAA